AAUCUCCAGAAAGCUUGACAUGAACGACUGCCUUUUGUCUUCACCACAAUACUCCUUCCACAGUUCCACUUUGCAUUGUUAUAUCCGAGAAAGUUUUCGCCUCCUCCUUGGCCUUGCUGCUUGCUGCUUUUCCUUUCGCCUUAAUACGUCAAUAUCUCUAACGCCCUCUUUUUCAUCAGCACUGGCAAUGGGCAAGAGCAUGCUCUUGAGAUGCUUUUGCUUCUCAUCUGAAAAUGAUCCAUCAACAAACUCCAGCGCUAACAAGAAAAGGGAUUAUCCAUGGGAAGUAUACACCCUCAAGCAGAUUGUAAAUGCAACCAACAACUUUCAUAAUGAUAACAAGAUUGGCGAAGGCGGGUUCGGAAGCGUUUACCGGGGUCGAACAAGUAAAGGCGUCGAGAUAGCAGUGAAACGGCUAAAGACCUUGAGUGCAAAAGCGGAAAUGGAGUUUGCAGUGGAAGUAGAGAUACUUGGCAGAGUGAGACAUAAGAAUUUGUUAGGCCUAAGGGGAUUUUAUGCUGGAGACGAUGAAAGGUUGAUCGUAUAUGAUUACAUGCCUAACCAUAGCUUGAUCACUCAUCUACACGGUCAACUCGCUGCCGAUUGCCUUCUUGAUUGGUCACGACGAAUGAGUAUUGCAACUGGAUCGGCUGAGGGACUAGCGUAUUUGCACCACGAAGCAAAUCCGCACAUAAUACACAGAGACAUAAAGGCCAGCAAUGUACUUCUGGAUUCGGAAUUCGUACCGAAGGUUGCUGAUUUUGGUUUUGCUAAGCUAAUCCCGGACGGGGUGACGCACCUGACUACGAGAGUGAAGGGAACAUUAGGAUAUUUGGCUCCAGAAUACGCCAUGUGGGGGAAGGUUUCGGAGAGCUGUGAUGUGUAUAGCUUCGGAAUAUUACUUCUGGAAAUCAUAAGCGGUAGAAAGCCACUGGAGAAGCUGCCGGGCGGGGUUAAGCGGGACAUAGUGCAGUGGGUUACACCCUUGGUGCAAAAGGGUGCAUUCGAUCUAAUUGGUGAUCCCAGGUUGAAGGGAAAACUUGAUCGCUCCCAGUUAAAAGCGGCGGUGAUGAUUGCCAUGAGAUGCACCGAUGGAAAUCCGGAGAACAGACCUCUCAUGAUGGACGUUGCGGAUUGGCUAAAGUGGGGCAUUGGGAUACGGAAGAAGGAGAUCAAAAUAGUUAACAAGGUCGUUGACGACGAAACUGAUGGUGAGGAAGAAGAAGAGACUGAUAAUGAGGGGUACGCAAUGGACAAAUCCACGAGGAGAAUGACGGGCGGUAGAGCAGCCGGUGGAGCAAGAAAGGAUUAGUGCCCUGACUGUAAUUUCAUUUCCGUCAGAUUAUUAAUUCCAUCUAUAUAUGAUAAAAUGUCGUGGUUGUUUUCAGGUAAUUAAUGCAGAGUCAUUCAACGAUAAAUUUCAAGAUGGAGAUAAA